AUUGCUGUUGAAAAUGGCGUCAGGCUCGGAGCUGCCAGAAUAUUCAUCCCCAGCAAAACGACGAAAAGUUGACGGCAUCGGUUAUAGUGGUACCAGUAGCCAGAAACCUGAUUUCCAAGAUUGUGAGACAUCGCAUGAUAUCCCCAAUGAAGAUCCCGAAGAAAAAAGAAAAAUCAAUGGAAAUAGAAAAAAAAGAAAAAAAGACAUAUGGUGGAGAUAGUGGAUUCAAUGAAUUAAGUGAUGAAUCCAAAUCAACUUCUAUUUCACCGGAUGCUACAAACUUAAUCACAACCCCUUCACGAAUUGAUUCAACUAGUGAUGACACUGGUUGCCUAAUUGAUACUGCAGAUGAGAAGGAUGAAGUAUCAUCAACAGUUUCAAAUUUAUCUGAUUUAUCAGGACUUUCUGACUUUUCUGGUGAAGGAGAUAUCAAUCAUCAAUGGAGAAAUGCAUCUUCAUGGGUGCAGAAGCAAAUGUUGAUAGGUGCUGAUCCUCGAAAUCUUUUACAUCAUCUUCUCAUGGAUUCUACUCAGAUUCCAGAACAAGUUGAUGAUUUGACUCUUUGGAAGAUUAUAAUAAAUAUGAUGUCAGAACCACCACGCCGACAAAAAUUAAGACAUAUAAAUACUUUGACAGAUGUUGUCAGAUUGAUACGUAAUAGUAACAGAAUAAUAGUUUUAACUGGAGCAGGUGUAAGUGUUAGUUGUGGAAUUCCUGACUUCAGAAGUAGAGAUGGUAUUUAUUCUAGAUUAGCACAAGAUUUUCCAGAUUUGCCAGAUCCACAGGCUAUGUUUGACAUUAAUUAUUUUAGUCAAGAUCCAAGACCAUUUUACAAAUUUGCACGAGAAAUUUAUCCUGGACAAUUUAAACCAAGUCCUUGUCAUAGGUUUAUAAAAAUGCUUGAUAAACAGAAAAAACUUUUAAGAAAUUACUCACAAAAUAUUGAUACAUUAGAACAAGUCGCAGGCAUUGAAAAUGUGAUUGAAUGUCAUGGCUCCUUUGCUACUGCAUCGUGUACAAGAUGUAAAUAUCAAGUGAAAGCUGAUGACAUUAGAGAGGAUAUAUUUUCCCAGAGAAUACCAUUAUGUCCAAAAUGUCGAAUUAACACUUUGCCUCCCAUUUCGGAGAUUAAUCUUAACGAAAGUUAUAAAGAUUUAGUGACACAAGGUAUAAUGAAACCAGACAUUGUUUUCUUUGGCGAAGGACUUCCGGAUGCUUUUCAUGAUGCUAUGGCUAAAGAUAAAGAUGAAUGUGAUCUUUUAAUUGUAAUUGGAUCAUCAUUGAAGGUCCGGCCAGUAGCAUUAAUACCUUCUUCUAUUCCAUCUCAUGUUCCACAAAUUCUUAUUAAUCGAGAAUCAUUGCCACAUUUAAAAUUUGAUGUUGAACUCUUGGGAGAUGGUGACAUUAUUAUAAAUCAAUUAUGUCAUUUAAUGGAGAAUAGUUACAAAGAAGUAUGUUGGAAUGAUACAAUACUUAAGGAAACAACGCAAUUAUUAGCAUUGCGUUAUGUAACAGAUGAUACUUGGGAACAAAGUCAAGAUACAUCAUCAAAUACCAUAUUAUCACGAGACAGUGUGGAAAUUAAUUUUAAAGCACAUGAUCCUCAAUCUAUUGAAAAUCAAGACAAUCUUAUGAUUCACAAUAAUAUUGUAGAACACUAUGAAGAGAAUAUGAAUGCGCGUAUUUCACCUUUUUCCAAUGAUCAUACCAAUAGUAUAGAAGAAAAAUUCAAUCUUUUAGGAGAGAGUCCAAAAAGAAGAUUAGGGGAAUCAAGCAUAGAAAGUAGCCCAAAAAGAAUGAACUUCGGCAGCAAUUGUGUAUUACAUUUCAAUACAUGUCCUUCAAAGAUAGAGACUAUUUCAGAGAGUUCGAUCGAUUAUAAAUUUCAUACAGUUUCUGUAGAAUCUACAUCGAAAGAUAUUGGGAAAAUUUAUAGUUUAGAAGACUGUCAAGUAUUUCCAAGAAUAAUAGAAAUCUCUUCAGAAAGUGCAUUAUUAGAUUCUACCUUAAAGCCGCAUCAUUGUGUAGAAAAUAGAACAUCUUUAAAAAUGAAUAAUGAUUAUUCAACAAUGAAUUCUACUGAAAUUGAAAAAACGAAUUUUAAACCAAGACAAGCUUCUAUCGAUUCUGCACUAGACUCUGGUGUAGGUGACAGUUGUAAUAGUGUCGACAGUCACGAAGACAAAAAUAGCAAAGAAGAAUUAAAAAAUGGAACAUUAAAUCAGCAUUGUUGGCAUCCUAAAAUACGAAAAAGUCUUGCUGAAAGAUUACCAGAAAAUUCUUAUUAUCAAUUGGCACCUGGAAAAUACAUAUUUCCUGGAGCAGAAGUAUAUUCAGAUCCUGAAGAAUAUGAUCAUUGUUCGCUUUCUAUAAAUUCUGAAAGUUCGGAUAGUGACAGUGAUUCUUCAUCUAUAGAUGAAGAAGAAGAUGAUGAAGUUGAAGAGGAAGAGGAGGAGGAAGAAGAAGAGGAACAGGAGGAGGAAAAUGAGAGGAAUCAAGUUGAAGAUAAUGAUGAUAAGCUGAAAGAAAAACUAGGUAUAAAAAAAGAAGGCCAUGAAGAGGAGACUAAUGAGAAAAAUAUUAAAGAAGAUGUAAAAGGACACAGAAAAAUAGAAACAAAAAAUAAUAAGAUAGAAAAAGAAAAUAAUCAACGAAAAAUAAUGGAAAGAGAAGAUGAAAGGAGAAACAUAAGUAAGUUUCAUAAUGAGAAUAUUUUAGAAAAUUAAAAAAAAAAUAUAAGUUUGUUAUUAAAUGAAAAAUGAUUAACAUAGAUAAAAGUGAUAAAUUGGUGUUAGAAAAAAAAAAGGAAAUUAAUACAGAUGCUAAUACGUAACGUGACUGAAAGUAUAAAAUGGACAACAGCAAAUUAUUUAUGCAAUGAUAUACAUGAUUUAGGGUAAAUUGCAUCUGAAAAGUAAUGAUUUUAAUUCUUACUUUUAUCAAACUUGCUUGUUUGAUGAAGCAAAUGAUAAAUAGUUGGAGGAAAGUGCAAUUUUUACCAUGUUUCACGUAUACAUACAGUCUUUACACGCGUAAAGAGAUAAAAAAAGACUCCUAAUAUAAGUAGGAUUCCUGUUUAUCUUUUACUAAGAUUUGUUAAAGAUUUUUUAAAUAAGCUACAUUUUACAGUGAACUAGUCACAGAACAUUAGAAGUUACUGUGAAUCACAAUUUUUGUAGUUAUGAUAGAAAUAUAGCAAUGGUAAAAUUUUUGUUAUUAAAUGGAAAACUUCUUUAUAAAAGAUGUUUUCAAUAAGCUUGUUUGCAAAAAGUUCUCCAAAAAUAUCUUAUAAUUUUUACUUUUAAAAAGUACAAACUGAAUAAUAUUUUCAGUGAAUUUAAUAAUUUGCAUAAUUAAAAAUAAGCAUAUUCAUAUAUAAAUGAUUCAGAAAUAUAAAACAUAAUUAAAAAAUUUGUAUUGUUCGAUGAUCAUAGAUACAGAUAUUUGACGAAUAUAUUUGCGAUAAUUUUCUAAUAAGCAAUUAAAGAUUUGUAAAAAAAAAUUUUUUUUAGAAAAUUCUGAAAAAAAGUUAAAGAUAAAUAUAUCUUUAGAAAAGAAAGAUAUAAAAUUGCAAUUUUACAAGUCUUGCAAAAAAAGUAAGACUAUCCAUGACUUACUUAUGAUAGAUGCUAAUUUUUUUCUUUUUUUUUUCUUUCCUUUCUUAAUUUUGUAUAUAAUGUUUGAUAUUAUUUUUUUGAUUUUUUCUUUUUUUCUUUUUUUUCAUUUUGUCAUUUAUUAGUGUUAAGAGUCUGGGAACCAAUGUUCGAAAUGGAUUUGAUUCGAGAAUAUAAUUCGUAAAUAUUUCAUAAAAAAAAAUAUAGAUUAUAGUCACUUAGAAUAUUGUGCAAUUAUAGAAGGAUAAAAAUGAUUUAGUAUAUUACGCGAUAUAUUCUCGAGAAAAAAAAUAAUGUAUACAAUGAAUAAUGAAUAUAUGAAAUAAAAACAAUACACGUUAGUGUUUGUUCCAUUGAAAUAAAAAUUUAGAUCGGUAUAACUGAAAAGAAUAAAUUCUUUUUAAUUUGAAUAUUUUACAAAUAUGUAUCCAAAUUAAAAUAUGCAAAAUUAAUUUUUAUAAAGAAUAUUUAAUGAUUUAUCUCAAGAGAAAGUUUAAUGAGAAAUGACAGUGAAUCUUUUUUUUAACAAAAAAAGAAAAUUCCAAGAUAAAUUAGUAUUUGUUUUAAUGUUGUAACUACUUUUACUUAUUAUUAUUUCAUUCUUACAAUUUAUAUUAUUAUAAUAUGCUAUCGUCAUUAAUUCUUUUGCUAUUAUAUUUUACUCAUGCAGAAUUAUUAUUAGUAAUUAUUUAUGUUUUGUAAAUUAUUGUAUAAGUUAGAAAAAUCGAAAGAAUGUCGAAUGUUAAGUAGUGAUCGCGAACCAUGUAUUUUUGAUGCUUCAUUUGAUAGUGUAUAUGAAAAUAUGAACAAAAGUAUUAAUUAUGUCACAAGACUUGUAGAAAGAAGUACAUUAAUGUGUUUGAAGAAACACAUUAAAUGAAUAGAGAAUGGUGUUAUGUGUAUGUGUAUGUAUGAUAUUAUGUUGUGCGUGUUAUAUGUAUAAUUAUAAAACAUUUUCAAAAACUAUAAAAAAGGUGCUCUGUAUAUUAUAAAAUUUUAGCAUUGGAAAAUGAGAGGAAGAAAAAGAAAGAAAGGAAACUUGAAAAUGGCGAAGACAAAUACACUCUAUAGAUUUAAGUUUUAGCAAUAAGUAUCAUUAGUUUCAAAUACAAAAUUAAUCGCGAUCAUAUUGUAGUAAAGAUGGUUAGAUUUGUUAGAUUUGAUUCUUUUUCUCUCUCUCUUUUUUUUUUUUUUUUUUCUCCUCUCCAUUAGAGCACGGGUGAAUGUACAAAGCAAUGUUGGAUAAUUUUGGCAUUGCAUAUUAUUUUUAUAUGAAUGUGAGUAAAAUGAAAUAGACAGAAAGAAAAAAUGUAAACAUGCAGAAUUAACUCAUUAAGAACUAACAUUGCGUUAACGCAACAUUUACAAGUUUUUUUUUUUUUUUUUUUAAAUAAAUAUUACAUACAUAAUUAAAUUUUGUUUUUUAAUGUUAUAGUUAUAAAAGAAAAUUUUAGGAAUUUGCUUUAUAAUAUUAAUAAUCUUUUUCAAUAUUAUUUUUGCUUUCUUAAAAAUUCUAAAAUUUUAUAAGUUUGGAUAAAUGUAAUAUUUAUAAGUACUAUGAUGAUAUAUAUUCUUUUUUAAAUCAUGAAAAUUUCAUUUAUAUUUUUAUUUUUUGUAGUAAUUUUCUAUAAAUUAUCUGUUUUAAUAUAUAUUUUGUAUUUUGACAAAAUAUAUUAUAUUUUAUAUAUAAAAAUAUAUUUUAUUUUCUUUUUUCAUUAAUGUUGUGUUUGUGCAACUUUUAUAUAAUAUUCCACUGCAUAGUCCUUAAUAAGUUAAAUAAAAAAAAAAAAAGAAUAACGUAUGAUAAUCUUCAAGAAAUUAUACGUAAUGAGUUUAAAUCAAAUGUGUGCAUCACGUGAAUAUGUGUGUGUAUGCAUGCGUGUAUGUAUAUAUAGGAUCGAUGUCCUUUUGAAAUGUAUUGUCACCAUUUUUACUAGGAAGAAAUAAGUGAAAUUUAUUAUUACUACUCUAGAACAAAAUAUUUGUUCCAAAAGUCAUUAUGCAUAAAAUCUAAAAUGAGUAUCCAUAUAUGUAUAUUGAUUAUAGAUAGUAAACAAAUGAGAUUAGUAGAUUAUCAAAAAUAACUCAAGAUUUAUUAAAUACGUUUUCAACGCGUGACGUGAAGUUUUAUUUUUUAUUAUCAAAGCAUAUAAAAAUGUAAUAAGAAAACUGUGAACAUUGAAAAUUUUUAGAAUGGUUGAAAUAAAACAAUAGCGGGGAAGCGGAGAGCGAACGAGCGAGCGAGCGAACGAGCGAGCGAGCGAGCGAGCGAGAGAGAGAGAGAGAGAGAGAGAGAUUCAUUUGAGAAUUUAAAACAAAAGUUUAAUUUCUUACGAAUGUAGUUAGCUUAUAAAAUAUACAAGAUAUAUCUUCUGCGCUAUGUACAAAUAGCUUUAUUUAUCAUUAUUUUGCAAAUCGAUAUGCAAAAAGUAUAAAUUAGGAAUUAUUUUUUAAAAAGCUAUACUUUAUUUUUAUUUAUUUAAAAUUCAUAUAAGUAGAUAAAUAUAUAGAUAAAUAAGUUGAUAAAAAAUAAAUAAAUACAUAAAUAGAUAGGAUAGAUAAUAGGUACGCCUAUAGAUAAAUAGACAAAUAUAUAAAGUGGACACCAGACAAAAGGAGAUAGGAUAGAUAAAGAACAGAUAAAUAGGCACACAGAAACAAAAAAAAUAUAAAAGAAAAAUUAAGAUACAUAUAGGUAUUACGUAUGCUGCACGCAAUAUACAUACAUUUUGUGUGUAUGCAAAAAUAUAUUGAAUGCACAAACUGUGUAUAUAUAAAUAUACAUAUACACUUUAAAUGUGUAUAGAAAAUUAAUUUUAAUCGAUACUAAACAUUUUUCAUAACUUUUGAAACUUAAUUCCUCUCUCUCUGUUAAUCGACUAGCAUAAUUGCAUUGUAUCUUUUUUGAAUAUAAUUUUCAUGUAUAUGAUCUGUUUUUAAUGGAUCGUUAAUUUUAUUCUUAAUUUUUUUUUUAAUUUUCAGUUAUUUAAAGGAAAAAUAAGAGAAAAAAAAAAUAAUAAAUGAUAAUAUAUGUUUUAUGCAUUUAUAUUAUAAUUUAAAUAUAUUGCAUACUGUCGAUUCAGAGAGAAGCAUUGCAAGAAUUCGACAAUCAUGCCAACUCCUUUUUUUCAUGUACUAACUUUUUGUAUAAAUGUGUCACAUGUAAAUAUUUAUUAUUUCUACUGUAUGAUGAGAAUAUUAAAUUAUAAUCGCUUCGGCUGACCAAUGAAUUAUUAUGCAAUAUUUGUUUUCCAAGUUAGAGUAUAAAAUCAAAACAUUUAUAUAAUAAUACUAUUAUUGCUUAUAUAUUAACAAAAUAAUACUAAAUAGUUUUUUUUUCAAAUACUAUUCAUUGUUCAGCCGAUACGAAAGAAUGCGAGAUGCAAGUUUUUGGAUUUUUUAUAAUUUGUUAUUUAAUAUAAUGGAUGUUAUAGAAAUGUUUUCUAUAUUUAAAGUUAUAAGUUUUCUGUUUUUUGGUAUUAUUAACGUGUAAGCUUAUAUCUUAAAUUAAAUACUUUUUUAUGAUAAUAAAA